AUGUCACUACCUCUAUCCAAACGCUUCCGGAUGGACGUACCAGUCUCUGACGCUGAGAGUGAGGCGAGCACAUUGCCUGUCAUCACCCGUUCGAAAUAUUGGUUUAAAGACGGGAACGUCGUCCUUCAAGCGGAGGAGACGCAGUUCCGGGUGCAUCAGUCGAUGCUCGCCCAUCAUUCGCGCGUGUUCAAUGACUUGUUUGGGAUACCGCAGCCAGAAGUCAGCCAGGACCCGAUGGUGGAUGGUUGCCCUCUUGUGCCGCUCUCGGACACGGCGGCGGAUGUUCGGCAGAUUAUGGCUAUUUUCUACGAUAAUAUCAGCUUCCUGGACCUUCGGAAUUCGAUGCAAGUUGACCAAAUCAGCGCGAUGCUGCGAAUGGGGAAGAAGUACGAAAUCGAUUACUUGAUGAACGAAGCUUUACAACGUCUGCGCUGCAAUUACCCCACCACACUAGCGGUCUGGGACGAAUCCUUCGACUCCUCCAACCCGAACCCAAUUGAAGACGUCAACGAUUCGGUCCUAAAUGCGGGCAUCAUCUCCUUGGGCCACGAACACUCCAUUUUCACAAUCCUGCCUUCGGCUUACUUCCAUUACACCACAAAAACAUCGCCGGAAGCGAUAGUCUCCGGUGAAGACGAUGACUUCCUCAUCUCACCCGAAAGGCCUGCUGUCCUGUACGAGCUCAAGAAUGUAUUUUGGUCAAUGGACGACGGCGUUAUCACCGACUUGGCCCCGUGGGUCCCGAAUGAGACGAUCUCGGUGAAGUUGUGCGCAUCGUGCUUGGCGAGUGUGAAGGCGUGUUUCGAGGAGGCACGACAGCAGCUCUGGCAGGAGUUGCCGGCCUUCUUUGGGUUUGCAAAGUGGGAGGAUCUUAGGGAUUUUGACAGCUAA